AUGUCAACAUUCAAUUCCCCCCGAUACAAGCGCCAGUCGCUUGGAUCCCGGUACAGGUCCCUCUCAGAGACCUCCCGGUUUCUUCUUCAAAAGCUAAGCCGUUCUUCAGAGCCACUUCCCCAAGACCAUCAUGUCCCACGCCAUCGUGUCGGAACAGUUGAAGACGACUAUAUUCUAUGCAAUAAAGCCUCCGGUAUGAUGGAAGUCGACUAUUUGCGUGACAGAGAUUUCAUCGGAAGCAACCUUUAUUCGAAGCGCAGCUCUCUAUCUGUAGUCAAUUCGGAUAUCGAUACCCGGUCUAUCAACAGCGAGGAAUCGGUCACUAGCGAUAUAUCUAUCGGAAGUGAGAGUGAGAAUGAACUCCCGGCAUGCUUGACUCCGGGAAGAAUUUCGAUUGUGCAGCCUUCUUCCAAUGCGCACUUUGGAAUCCAGGAUCUCAUGAAAGGGAUGAGCCAGCGCUGUGAUAGUUACUUCGAUGAUAGUGGUGUAGAUAUCGCACCUGCUCCUUUGAGACCGGGAAAGCGCCGAAACAACAAGAAGUGUCCCCAUAAGACCUAUCGCGCCGUUAGCAAGACCAACUUUCACUUCGACGAACACGAGGUCGAUGUCCAUGUCCAUGAAAAGUGUGCGCAACUUGCGAUCGAAGAUGCAAUCGAACAGCAUCUAGCUCAGCUGGAGCAUCAAACUGCGGAUCUCAGGCAAAUGCUAACUACCUGCGAAGCCAAACUCUCCCAGAUGACCGAGCAGGUUGCACAGUUCAAAUCAGAGAAGCAAGCUGUGUCUUUCGAAUCAUCCUUCGAGCCGAAGACUGCAAAAUACAACGCGCUCCCUAUGAAGGACAAUCCUUUCCUUAUUGUUCAGUACAGGAACGAAAGCCGUCGCUAUGGAGAUGCUUACAUGGAUUUCCUGCAAGUCGACUUUAUGAAUACUGAGCAAGUCGAUCUCUUGUCCCAUGUGAAUAAUGCGGGAAUAAUCGCGCAGCGACGUCGGGGUCGAUUGUCGCGAGCUUGGGGUGGCUGA